AUGUUCUGCGACUCGCAGGCUUGUUGUCUGAGGCAGGAUGGAAAGUCACAGCCUGCAGGCUGGAUUGAGUCGCGGGAAGCUGCUGGGUCCCUGCCUGCCGCUCUCCGGGUGUGUCCAUUGAACUGCGGUGGACUGGUCCCCAGCGCGGGAACCCAAGUGUCACUGCCAGAAGCUUAGCCCCGCUGGCUAGCUCCUAGGCUAGCCAGAACCUGGAGGGCAGGACAGAACCUUUCCUGCCCACACCCAUCACCCUAGGGUGGCAGGACCAGGCGCGUCAUAGCAGCGGGAGAAGCCCAGAGACCCGCUCGUUCAGUUUGUUCACGAGGCAUCCAGCGGACUUCGCCCUCCGGACAGCUCCGAGUCCCAGGAAGAACCGAACCAAACUCAGCCUGGGAGACCGACUUAGGAUCAAGCUGCUGUUCUGCCGGGGUGCAGGAGACAGACAGACUCGAACCCUGCUGGGUGUGCACGCGUGCGAGCGUGCCUCUGAGCAUCUCGCACACCCUCGGUCCCGUGUGCCGACACUCCUCUGGGAGGAGGGAGUGGUAGCCACCAGACUAAAGGAAAGCGAGGGACACCUCACAAAGUGACGCCCCCAACAGGUCCGGAUUUGGAAUUGGAAGCGGCAGAAAUCCGGACCCCUCCGGGUCUGCUCCGCACACCCCGCCGCCCCCGCCCGGAGCCCCUACUCUCCGCUAGUCCGCCCCCCGGGGUGCCCCGUCGGCUGCGGGCUUCCUCCUGCAGACCUGCCCGCGCACAUGAAGCCGCUGCCCCCGCCGCAGGCGCCGGCGCCCCCCUCGCGGUGCCCGUGGUGAUGCCAUGCCCCGCCACCACGCGGGAGGAGAGGAGGGCGGUGCCGCCGGGCUCUGGGUGAGGAGCGGCGCGGCGGCGGCGGCGGCGGCGGCAGGCGCGGGUGGGGGGCGCCCGGGCAGCGGCAUGAAGGAUGUGGAGUCCGGCCGCGGCAGGGUGCUGCUGAACUCGGCGGCCGCCAGGGGCGACGGCCUGCUGCUGCUCGGCACCCGCGCGGCGGCGCUCGGCGGAGGCGGCGGCGGCUUGAGAGAGAGCCGCCGGGGCAAGCAGGGGGCCCGAAUGAGCCUGCUGGGGAAGCCGCUCUCCUACACCAGCAGCCAGAGCUGUCGGCGCAACGUCAAGUACCGGCGGGUGCAGAACUAUCUGUACAACGUGCUGGAGAGACCCCGCGGCUGGGCGUUCGUCUACCACGCGUUCGUUUUUCUCCUUGUGUUUGGUUGCUUGAUUUUGUCAGUGUUUUCUACCAUCCCUGAGCACACAAAAUUGGCUUCAAGUUGCCUCUUAAUUCUGGAGUUCGUGAUGAUCGUUGUCUUUGGCUUGGAGUUCAUCAUUCGAAUCUGGUCUGCAGGUUGCUGUUGUCGUUAUAGAGGAUGGCAAGGAAGAUUGAGGUUUGCGCGAAAGCCUUUCUGUGUAAUAGAUACCAUUGUUCUCAUCGCUUCAAUAGCAGUUGUCUCUGCAAAAACUCAGGGUAAUAUUUUCGCCACAUCAGCGCUCAGAAGUCUCCGGUUCCUUCAGAUCCUGCGUAUGGUGCGCAUGGACAGAAGGGGAGGGACCUGGAAGCUGCUCGGCUCUGUGGUUUAUGCUCACAGCAAGGAAUUAAUCACAGCCUGGUACAUUGGAUUUCUGGUUCUUAUUUUUUCAUCCUUCCUUGUCUAUCUUGUGGAAAAAGAUGCCAAUAAAGAGUUUUCGACAUAUGCGGAUGCUCUCUGGUGGGGCACAAUCACGCUGACAACCAUUGGCUACGGAGACAAAACACCUCUGACAUGGCUGGGAAGACUGCUCUCUGCAGGCUUCGCUCUCCUUGGCAUUUCCUUCUUUGCACUUCCUGCUGGCAUUCUUGGCUCAGGUUUUGCAUUAAAAGUACAGGAACAGCACCGCCAGAAGCAUUUUGAGAAAAGAAGGAACCCAGCUGCCAAUCUCAUCCAGUGCGUCUGGCGUAGUUAUGCAGCUGAUGAAAAAUCUGUUUCCAUUGCAACCUGGAAGCCACAUCUGAAGGCCUUGCACACCUGCAGCCCUACCAAGAAAGAACAAGGGGAGGCAUCAAGCAGUCAGAAGCUGAGCUUUAAGGAGCGAGUGCGCAUGGCUAGCCCAAGGGGCCAGAGCAUUAAGAGCAGACAAGCGUCAGUAGGUGACAGGAGAUCUCCGAGCACUGACAUCACUGCCGAGGGCAGCCCCACCAAAGUCCAGAAGAGCUGGAGCUUCAACGACCGAACCCGCUUCAGGCCCUCACUACGACUCAAGAGUUCCCAGCCAAAGCCAGUGAUAGACGCUGACACAGCCCUUGGCAUUGACGAUGUGUAUGAUGAGAAAGGAUGCCAGUGUGACGUGUCUGUGGAGGACCUCACCCCACCACUUAAAACCGUCAUCCGAGCAAUCAGAAUCAUGAAGUUUCAUGUUGCAAAGCGGAAGUUUAAGGAAACAUUACGCCCAUAUGAUGUAAAAGAUGUCAUUGAACAAUACUCUGCUGGUCACCUGGACAUGCUUUGUAGAAUUAAAAGCCUUCAGACACGCGUUGAUCAAAUUCUUGGAAAAGGACAAAUGACAUCAGAUAAAAAGAGCCGAGAGAAAAUAACAGCAGAACACGAGACAACAGAUGACCCCAGUAUGCUCGCCCGGGUUGUGAAGGUUGAGAAGCAGGUCCAGUCCAUCGAAUCCAAGCUGGACUGCCUGCUGGAUAUCUACCAACAGGUCCUCCGGAAAGGCUCUGCCUCUGCCCUCACCCUGGCAUCCUUUCAGAUCCCGCCUUUUGAAUGUGAACAGACCUCUGACUAUCAAAGCCCUGUGGAUAGCAAAGACCUGUCUGGCUCCGCGCAAAACAGCGGCUGCUUAACGAGGUCAGCCAGUGCCAACAUCUCAAGAGGCCUGCAGUUCAUCCUAACGCCAAAUGAGUUCAGUGCUCAGACUUUCUAUGCGCUUAGCCCUACUAUGCACAGCCAAGCUACCCAGGUGCCCAUGAGUCAAAACGACAGCUCCUCCGUGGUGGCCACCAAUAACAUUGCAAACCAAAUAAGCACCGCACCCAAGCCAGCAGCCCCAACAACUUUACAGAUCCCACCUCCUCUCUCGGCCAUCAAGCACCUGUCCAGGCCAGAACCUCUGCUCUCAAACCCCACCGGCUUACAAGAGAGUAUUUCUGAUGUCACCACCUGCCUUGUUGCCUCCAAGGAAAGUGUUCAGUUUGCACAGUCAAACCUGACCAAGGACCGUUCCCUGAGGAAAAGUUUCGACAUGGGAGGAGAAACUCUGUUGUCUGUCCGCCCCAUGGUGCCCAAGGACUUGGGCAAAGCUCUGUCUGUACAAAACCUGAUCAGGUCGACAGAAGAACUGAACUUACAGUUUUCCGGCAGCGAGUCGAGUGGCUCUCGAGGCAGCCAAGAUUUUUAUCCCAAGUGGAGAGAAUCCAAAUUGUUUAUAACUGAUGAGGAGGUCGGUGCGGAGGAGACAGAAACAGAUACUUUUGACGGCACCCCACCGCCUGCGAGGGAAGCUGCUUUCUCAUCAGACUCUCUAAGGACUGGAAGGUCACGGUCAUCUCAGAACAUUUGUAAGACAGGAGACAGUACAGACGCCCUCAGUUUGCCUCACGUCAAACUGAACUAAGUUCUUUGUUUCCUUUCUAAGCAUAGCUGUUCUUUUAGCCAUACAUAUCACUGCAUGAAGUACUCUGGAAGCCCGUCUAUAGAGUUGAAAUCGCGCAAGAGUCAGGAAGAACGCGAAAGGCCAUUUAUAAGCCCGUUAUCUUUUAAUUGCAUGAAAAUGCAUGUUUAGGGGUGGCAGAAAUUCCAAGGUACAUCGACAUUACCCCAUGCAUUUAUUAACGUACCUUGAGUCUAAAAUCCCGAGCCAACAGUCGCUACUGAUGCUAUGGGGUGCGUGAAGAUGCCGGGAUAUUAGUUCAAUUGACGCUGUGUUUUGAAAUUGUCAGAGUAAACACCUUCAAAUUUCAGGCAUUUCUGCUUUAUGACUAGAUACAAAGUACAUUUUCAAAAUUAGGCCAUGAUGUAUGUUUAGACACAAUGGCUAUCAACAGCUGCUAAUAACACAAGUAAAGCAGAAUUUGGAAUAUAACCGAAAUGGCUGCUUAUUUCAAGAAACCUUUGCCAACCCGUUCCUCCUAAGUCAUUUCAUCAAUGUAAUUUGAAUGUCAAUCUGUGUGCUUCUGGUGACUUAGCGCUGUGGCAAGCAAUUUUGCACAUUGUUUUCAUGUUGUCCUUUACGCUGAGAAUGUUUUCGAAUUAGAAUAUGGCCAGAUAAUGUCAUUGAGGGCCAGUGGGGAAGGAGACUCCCUCUUCCUGUGGCAUCUUCCACAUCAUGACAACAUAGUCGCUAAUGGAGGCAUCUCCUCUGAAAAUGGCCAACCUCUCUGCAAGCAUAUGAAGUGCUGGAUUUAACAACCUGUGCAAUGGGGCUGGUCCCUCUGAGGGUGCAACUACAGGUUUGCCCACCCUGUCCCCCCGAAUGGGUCUCUCUGUGAGGGUGCAACUACAGGUUUGCCCACCCUGUCCCCCCGAAUGGGUCUCUCUGUGAGGGUGCAACUACAGGUUUGCCCACCCUGUCCCCUCGAAUGGCCAGGGUGACUAGCAAUUCCCAUUUAGCAGACAUAGAGGUAUAGGGCCUGGGGAAGGGGUUACCUACUUGAGGGUGGGGGAAAACAACUUGGAAAGACUCCACAGUUACCACAGGUGUGUGACAUUAAAGGAAGUACAUCCCCACCCCCAUGGGCAAGGAGGAGAAGAGCCCAAAAUAUGAAAUAACUAGAUUUUCUUAGAAAAAUAAAUAUUGCUAGGAAAUCCAACUACCUAAGCAUCCCUUAUUCUUGUAUAACAGAGAAUUCUGCAAGCUAUUUAUUUUUACUAUGCCCUGAGUGUCUUUUGCUAUUAUGUAGCACAUUUUGCAUAUGAAAGGCUAAAAUGAAACUUCCUUUACUUUUAUACUAUAGUGAACAUUUUUCUAUUCUUCCCAACAAAGUUAUCCCAAAUGAGAAACUACUGGCUCAGUUUCCAGGUUAUGAACAUUUAUAACUGUAAAACAGAUAGCACUGGAUGGGUCUGAAGAUCAAAACUCCUUAGUCAUGUAUUAUGAUGGAAAAGAAACAAAUAAAAAAGUAUACUUAUCAAAAAUGUAUUUCCCAAAAGGCAAGCAAUACUGGCUGCUUGUUAGAAUUCAACCCCACACCUGUAAUCGUGGAGAUGGGGAACCUAAGAUAGAGGAUCAUGAGUUCAAGGCUAGCCUGGCUCAUACAGCAAGACUGUGUAAAGAGAGUGUGGGGGGUGCUAAAGAAAGAUCUAUAACUGCCAUUUAAAUUAUCUAAGCUUUAACUAAAAGGUUCCUGAAGGAAGAUUUUUUUUUUUUUUUUGUACUGGGAGGUCUGGGUUGGGGGGUGGGGGCCUUUUCAACCUUUUUAGCAUCCAAGCCAAAUGAGCAGAAUCUAGGGAUGUCAAGUGGUUGAUGGAAGCAAGGAAGCCUCUAAACCCACCAGCCUCUCCCCGAGCAGAAUGCUGUCCCUGAACCACCGCCCUUACUUUUCUUUCCCCUAACUGGUAACUCUACACCACAUUUUUGCUUUAGAAUUUCACCAGGCUUCAGCCAGCCUCCACCCUCAAGCAAACCAAUUCUCUCUUCCUCUGUUUCUU